CAUGCAGCGCCUGCUCAGCAUCACCCUGUUCAUGCCUAUCCUGGUAGUAGUCUACUCUCAAGAAGACCGAGAACAUCAGGGACCCCAAACUUGUGGAGGCCACCUAAAAGGGCCAGUAGGGGUAAUCCAAACGCCAAACUUCCCAAACCCCUUUCCCGUACCAAUAAAAUGUCGCUGGAUUAUCGAACACGACAUAACGAACGGGUCUAUAUCGAUAUAUUUCACUCAGCAGUAUACAACUAGUGGGCUGACGUUCACAGAAUACAUGUAUUAUGAUGAUACGUACAAGCUGGGGGAAAGAAAAGCACUUACCGUCACAGAGGAGAACAUCACUCGAGUCAAAUGGCUACAGGUUACAAGCCCUGUGCUAGUCGUGGAGCUGACGCUGAACAGACUAGAAGGGACUCAACUACGAGCCUUGGGCCUUCUAUCAGUGUUCGGCUUCAACGUGACGUACGCUGUACGGGGGCCCACCGAGCCCAUUGGACCCCCCUCUUGCAGCGCGCUUGAAUGCCGUCUGCUUGGGCACUGCUAUGCCAGUCAUGACUACCAGGAGUUUUUCUGCUCGUGUUUCGAGGGAUAUUCGGGCGCAGACUGUGGCCUGGGGCCGCUUUGCCCACGGACCAACAUGUGCAAAAACGGCGGAACCUGCAGACAGAUGGGUCCGGCGGCCGUGGGCUGCAGCUGCGCCCCUGGCUUUACCGGCGACCUAUGCGAAUCGCAGAUUGCAGCACCAGAUUGCGGUAUAGAAGAGUGCGCUGAAGGCUGCAAAGACAGAAGUACUUGUGACUGUAAUCCAAAGUCAAGCGAUUUCUCGGCGGCCCGUUUUGAAACAAGACUGCAGGUAGUGGACCAACCUAACAUCAACAUAUCCCAAGAAAUCAUCAAACAGAUCACGAGCUACUUGAAAGCGUCAAACAUAACUUUAGAGGAUGAUAUUGAAAUCUUAAAUAUAAGUUCCCUAGAAGCCACUAACAACGCGCGUACAGUGUUUUUGCGGAUUUGGGGCACACGCAAAGAAGCGGGUCAGAUGCGUGCUUCACUGUCGCGAUUAGCGGCCACGCGCACUCGCACCGACCGCCUUCGCCUACUCAACACACCGCUGCACUUUGACAUGCACCCUGCACUUACCCUACAGACACUUAUCGUCAACCAGAAACCAGAAGUAUGGGAGGGUUCUGAAUAUAUUCUAAGCUGUAUGGCAUACGGAUCUCCAGAGAUUGAGUUCACAUGGUACAAGGACGGAAUUAAGGUUAACUUCAACGGCACUACUAGAGAUAUUUGGACACGAACAGUAGCAGAAGAUGCACUCGGUCGCCGUAUGUCUGUGCUAGGUGUCUCUGAAGCCAAGAGCCCUGACGGAGGCCGAUGGUCCUGCGCCGCUCAAGACGCUGGCAGACGAAGAUGUAGAGCGCUGCGGCUUUCUGUUCUCAAACCCCCGGAUAUACGACUAGUACCGUCUACAUUGACUGUUAAUAAGGGUGACAAUGUAAGCAUCACCUGCUUGGCGGACGCUGGCCGCGUUCAUGGAGCCUUGGGCUUCAGCUGGGCUAGGGAGCGGAGUUUAUUACCACUUGCACCUGGACGAGAAGUCUGGGAAGACUUGUAUCCCGCCGGCAGCGUAUUAAAGCUCUACAAUAUCCAGAAAUCGGGAGAGUUCAGAUGCCAAGUAUCAUCAGUGGCUGGUACGAAUGCCAAAGGAGUCACUAUGUGGGCCUUAGGUCCUACUGAUGAGGCUUGCCCAGCAGAGGCGUCACACGGCCUCCGUUGGCCAAAGACGGCGCCUGGAGCUCACGCUUCUGCUAGUUGCCCACCGGGGCAUAGUGGAGAGACUACAAGGUUUUGUGAACCAAAAACUGGACAGCAUGGAGUGAAAUGGAUGUUGCCUGAUUUCUCCGGAUGUGUUGCUGAUUCUUUAAAGGAAAUUUACAAUCAGUUUAUCCAGAUCUCUUAUGGCUACUCAUGGGAAAACGUGUCUCAUGUUGCACACCAAUACGGCGCAGUGCUCCGGUCCCUCCCCGCACAUCCCGGCGAGGGCACUCUACCCCUCCAACAUUCGAGAGAAAUGCUACACUACCUUCUUUCAGCAGCUGGCAAACAGCAGGACAGAGCUGAGAGUAUUGAACACUUAUUGAAGAUCUACGAUACGCUGCUUAAACAUCCUGACUCUUUUUUAGAUGAAGAGAAAAUUUACGACCUCCAAAACGCAAUAGUUAACACAGCGGGUAUGAAAGACCACCUGGAUUCCCGGCUCCAUGAGUUCUCAGUGAAGUCGAAACCCGUCAGAGAAGAUAAUGGGGCACAUUUUAAACUACACCAUACGCUGUCAGGAUCAGAAGAAUGGUUGCUAGCUUCAGCAGGAGUUGAACUUCUUGGGAGGACAGGAAACGCCUCUGUUAUUACCGUGUCGUACCACAACUUGGCAGCUAGAUUGCCAUCAUUGAGGAGGUCUAUUGAGUUCAAUAAGUCGUCUUCCAGGAGCGGUCGCGAGAUGGAAUAUCUACUCUCAUCACAACAGAUACAAGUAUGGGCCAGAGGCGCGGGAGUCGAUAAAUCUCUACAGCAUACUGUCAGUUUGCUGUUCACUCAUAUCAAAAAUUAUAGUGCUGUCGCAUCGAAACUAGCAUGUGGACUACGUACACCGUCGGACCCACGAACAUGGACCACUAAAGCCUGUGAAGUGAGGGUACCCUCAGAGCAGACUCAUGUCGUUUGCAAAUGCCGAGGUCUCGGCACAUACGCGCUCUUCACCAUCGCGAGAUCCACACUGACUGAUGUAGAGAAAGAUCUCCGUGGCAUAGUCAAGAUCACCGUCGGUUUAGGUGGCGCAAUGUGUCUCGCAGCAGCAGCACUGCAACUUCUUGGUCUCGUACCGGGACAGAACUCCAGAUUGCCUGUGUUGCUGAAAGCCGCCACGGCUGGAACGCAUUCGGCUGCUAUGUUGGCAUUGCUGGAGUGCGAUACUAGACAGCACAAAGUGCCCCUUGAACGGCGAAACUAUAUUAAAGACAGGAGCCGCAUGGUCCGUCACACUCUGGUCCUGCUUUUCACAACAUCAGCAACGCAAGUUGCGGGCGUGGCGUACGCGCAGCCGGGAGAGCGACGUAUUUCACAUGUGGCUGCGUUGUCCGUAGCAGCUUUAACUAACGGCAUAGCAAUGCUGGUAUGCUAUGUGAUCAGAGACGACGAGUGUCUUCAAUUCGCUAGAAGAGUCCUCUCGCUACCCUCCAAAGAAUGGCAAGACACCGCAGCCGGAGACACGUCGCUGAGUUUAUACAUAAAACAAGGAGGGGAAGUAGAGAGCAGAGGAGGAGUUCUCGAAUCGUCGUCAUCUCACGUAUCUCCUAUGACAUCCUACUGGAGAGCACCGGGGCUUGAAAGCCCAGCCAGACUACAAAGAAGGCAGUCGACUCCUGACAGUCGCGCGGAUAUUGUCCGGUGCGUGGAAUACAAAGAUUCUAUAAUGAGCCCACAUAGAUAUACGUCAAGACAUGUCACCACUACGCGUGCAGUUUGUGAUCUCAUCCCAAAUAGCGCGAGAGCUCCGCUACCCUCACACGGUCCGCAUCCGCAACCUGAAUAUAUGGCUCGCGUCUGCCUGGAACUCGGGGUCCUCAACACCCCUCCGCUUCGGCAUCAACCCCCCGCCCCCCUGCUCACCUGCUCCGUAGACUUUGAACCCUACGACAAACGUUUCGAUACUGCCAAAGAAAACUGCAGCAUUUGCGUCCAAUCGAACCCUGACGUCUCCAAAAUACCUUCACCACCGAUAAAAAGCUGCCUGAAAAAAACAAAAAGCGACUUCACUUCAAGUAUAUCACUGCCGUCCAUGGAAGUCAUCAAUGACGAGCCAAAACCUAAAUCAGACAUCGAUCAAGUGAACCGUGAGUGGAAAAAGGCCUACGACUCGCCUGAAACGGACAAAAUGCUUAACAAAAUAUCCAACGAUUUAGAUUUUCUUCUAAAUAGGACUCAGGAGCAGAGUAAAAAUGUUUUAGAUCAAAUAGAGGAAGCGCCCACUUAGGAGAGGGAAGAUAUAGAGACAUAAGAAGAAAAUGUUAAUGGAUACAGGGGUGCAAAAUGCCAUUUAGAUAAUGAAAUUGUGAAUAGUAUAACAGUUUUACGAACAAAUAAAAUUGUAAUUAAACGCAUACCUUAUUCCAAGCUGUAUUAGAGCGGAAGUAGAUAUCUUUUCAGUGUGAUAUCUUCCACACCACAGCCUCGCAACACUAAACUGCAUUUGUUAUUCACUGGCAUUGAGUUACCAGAAUCACACGAAAGAAAUUUCAAAAUUACGUAUUUUUUUUUACUUGCUUAUAUAUUUUCAAAAUGUAAUAUUUUAUUAACAAUUAUAAACUAGUGGAGUAAUUUCACAAAAAAACAUUGAAUAUCAUGGUGACCAAACAUUCUGACAUUCAAUAAAAAAUUUAAUUACAAUAUUUAAUAUUAUUUUCUCGACAUUCAUGCUAUUUAUUAUAAUAUGUCGAUUACCCACGUUAACAGCUUCAAAAGCGAAACCCAAUCGGAAUCUUCUUCGGAUCAUGGUCGUAGAGGACAUCAGCGGUCGUUUUCAACCCUCAUAGAAAACGGUCAGUUUUAUUUUUUGUUAUUUUAUUGAAUGUUCAUAAAUUCAAUAAAAUACUAAAUAAUAAAACUGCAUCGACGUUAAAGCUGCGAUACUGUAGUUAAGUAAGAAAUCACGCUGGAUAGGGAAGUAAUCGUCCGCCAAAUUAAUUUUAUAGGCAUAGAAUAAGGUAUCCAGACAUGAUAGAUUUUAUAGUUCUAGGUGGAUCAAGUAUAAGGCCAUAGCACCAAUAAUAAUACAGGUGGAGUAACUCCAUAGAAACGUAGUAGCGCGACUUAUACGGACGCACACUUUCCAAUAAUCCUCGCAGUGCAGUUACGUUGCAUAGCGCGGAUCGUAUCACGCGCCAUUAAUUAUAGAAGCUAAGCUUCCGCUCGGUGUUUAAAAAAUGACAUCAAAUAGAAGACGUGUUAGUUUUGUAGUUGUUUUUAUUGGUUUGAUCAAGAGCGACUUAAAUUCGUAAUUAUUCAGCAUUUCAUAUCUAUUUCAUAAUCAUAGCAUUUAACAAAGUUAAUCUCAAUAUUGCAGGAGAAUACUGUGACGAAUACCUAAUUUUUUAAAAUUACUUUUACAACCUUUAGGUACAACUAAAAUAAUAAUGUGACAACCCUACGCUCCGAACGAAGUGUAGGCAUUAAUGCGCGGAACAAGCGGAAGUUGCCCUACCUGUCUUAUUAUAUAUACUAUGAUAAGGAUAAAGAAUCCAUUUACUUGAAACAACGAGGACGGACCUACGCGCUCGUAAAUUAUGCUUGAUCGUGACAAGUAGAAAUAAAUUGCAAGCGGUAGUUACCUACGGGCGCGUUCCCAUUAUGUCGUGACGACAGAUAGUCGUGCAGCUUAAGGUGUCGUGGCUUGUAUAUUUAAAUGAAAUUAUCACAUAUACUUAGUACAACACGACCUUUUUGGCGUUACGACGACUGACUGUCGUGGCAAUGGGAAGAGCUAGAACGACAAUCGGACGAUAAAUAAAACGUCACGAUAAAAAUGUGCCGACAGAUAAUCGCAGCUUCAAACGAUUCUGUCGUGCAAACGACAAGGCGGCUGCCGUGAACCG